AUGAACACUCUCAUGGCCAGUGCCCGCUCCCUCUCCUCACACCCGCGAACCCUCCUACUCACCUUCGACGCGUUUGGGACCCUUUUCUAUCCUCGUCCACCUGUGCCACAGCAAUACGCGGCCGUCGCCCACGAAUUCGGCCUAUCCCGCUCCACUGUCACCACUCAAGCAAUCCAACGAGCCUUUGGGGAUGUGUAUCGUACACACGCAAAGCGCUGGCCUAACUAUGGCCGCGCCGAUGUGCUUCGGGGACGGUACGGCGGGCCGCGACAGUGGUGGGAGGAAGUGAUACGGGAGUGUUUCAUGCGUGUGUUGGCAUGUCAAGAUAGUCACUUGGCCGCGCAAGAGCACCAUCAACCGCCCUUUGAGCUUCCUCCGGGGAUGGUUCAGGCACUGCUUGAUCGUUUUGCCUGUGAGGAAGGGUAUGCACUCUUCGACGAUGUCAUUCCCUUCUUCAAUCGCAUGCGCGAGCUACGAAGCUCAUCUCGGCACUUUGAUCGGGUUGUGCUAGGCGUGGUCUCUAAUUCCGAUGAUCGAGUCCCUGCGGUACUCACAGCUUUGGGGCUUCAAGUUGGAGAUCUACGUGCCGACCAAGAUCUGUCGAGUAUGGAGUUACCUGGCUUCGAGCAACGAAACGGAUCCAAUGAGACACGCUCGGGUGACCAUUCACAUAACGAUUUAGACUUUGUGAUCACCAGCUACGAGGCGGGUGAGGGAAAGCCGAACCGACUUAUUUUCGAUAUUGCCCAACGACAAGCUCGUCUAGUGCCAAGCAUGCAUGACCAAGCGCAGGGUUCAUUCACUCCCGAUGAGACAAAGGGAUGGGUCUGUGUCCAUGUUGGUGAUGAAUAUGAGAAGGACUACUGCGCUGCGAUAAAUGCUGGGUGGAGGAGCUAUUUGAUCCCCCGCGCGACCGGGGAGUUUCCUAUAAAACCAAUUGCCUCGUUAUUCGAUUUGAUCGACGAGCUGAAGAUAUAA